AUGACGCCCCCGGCCCGCGGACGGGGGACUAGCCAACGCAGUCCGACCGUCUUGGUUACGGACUCGCGCGACCAGCAACCCCCUCAAACUCCUCGUCGACGCCGUUCGCCUGCAACCCGCUUCAUAACUGUCGACAAUGUCCUUCAAUACGCCUCCGAUGUGCCCUCAAUGCAACAACGAGGUCCCCCACCACCUUCAAGAUCGCGCCGUCUUGCAUCCGCAACUGGCGGCUUGAUCGGAACCUCGGGAAGCAGCAGUUCAAGUGCCGUUGCAGGAUCCAUUGGUAAAGCCGGUCGAUUGGCUGCGCAGCCGCGUCUUCCGCCUCGCACAACGAAGGUCAGCGAGAAGCUGGUCCUUUUGCCUGAUACUGAUGAGCUGGAGGAGGGUGAGACCGAGGAAGAUGAUGACGACGAGGUCGAUGGUACGGAGCUGGUGGAUGAAGAACUUGUUGCCCGUCUGGCCAAGGAGAGAAAUAUCGACCCGGAUAUGGUCAGGCACCAGCUUCUAGUAUCGAAGCGACUGGGUGGUGACUUUGGUGUCGAUAAUGAUCUUGCGCCUCUGCUGGCUGAAGAGGAAGUUUUGAGGAAACGUCGUGUUGCACCGGAGCGCGCGAAAAGUUAUGCGGAGCGGUUACCCAAAGCGCGGAGAACGGAGAAACUUGCUCGAGUUACGGCUUAUUGUACCGCGCAGGCUUACAAGAUGGGUUCGCUGGCUGCUUUUGUUAAGGAGCAGCAUGGUGGCCGGACGAAACUUUACGAUGAUUGUCUCUAUACGGCUUAUCACCUGCCUCUUUUGCCGGGCCAUGAAGGGUAUCGGCUGAGGAGCAGUCCUGUGCUGAAAUACCCUGGUGGCAAGUCUUUGCUCGAUGAGGAAAUUGAGCGCAAUGAGCUUCGUGAUCACCACGAUGAUUACAUGCUCGAGCCGGAGGAGCACUCGGUGGGUGGUCACAAUCGUCCGGAGGAUGAGCAUCACUAUGAAGCGUCUCCGCGAGACUCGUCGGAUCAUAGUGCCCACGAGGAAAACCGGGAGUUCUUGAAUCGAAUCACGGAGGAAGCUCGUGGCCACUCCGAUGAGCAUGAGCAUGCUGCCAGCUCUAGUGAAAGCGUCAAUGCGCUGCAACCCAUUCCACCGUCUGAAGUCAAUGAGGAAAACAGGCCUGCUUCACCGGAACCUGCCCUUCGCCGAAGACACAGCACGGAUGAUACCCAUGCUUUGAUUCGCGAUCGUCCCUCCCCUCCACCAACUACACCCUCCUCUUCCUCAAGGUCACAAGCUCCGGCUCGUACGCUAUACAACGUUGCCGAGAUGUUUGUCUUCAGCUACGGCGUUGUUGUGUUCUGGAACUUCACCGAGCGACAGGAGAAAGACUUACUCGCUGAUCUGGCCUUCGCUCCAUCCUCAGCAACGGGUAUUCCUACCCCGCUGGCAACAAUGCCGCUUGACGAAGAAGAUUUCGAGACAGAAGAGUUCCAUUUCGAGUACUCGACUGAGAUCUCGCGGCCGCGUGUUUACAAUGAUAUGAUCACAUUGCGUAGUGGUGAUCAUAUGAUCAAGCUCGCUAUCAGUCAUGGCAUCUCCCAGAGCACCAAGCUUUGUUUCUUUGAGGAAGUCAUGGCCCGUCAGAUGGCAGACGCCAAAGAUGUUCCGCGACGACUUGCUGUCUCAGGCCAAUUGGGCAUGAAGCGCGAAGAGGUCUUCCGUAUUCUCGGUCGUCUCUUCAAGAGUCGCGUUGAGGUCAACCUUUCAUCCAAUAUGCUUGAUGUUCCCAAUUUCUUUUGGGAGAGCGAGCCAACCCUGUACCCGCUCUACAUCGCCGUGCGCGAGUACCUGGAGAUCAAGCCUCGUAUCCAGGUUCUGAACGAGCGAUGCCGUGUAUUCCUCGAUCUUGCCGAGAUUCUGUCUGAUUCAAUCGCUGACACUAGAACCUCCCACCAAACCUGGAUUAUCAUUGUCCUCAUCAUUAUCUCAAUUCUCGUUACCACCUUCGAAGUGUUCCUCCGCUUUGGCCUUCUCCACGCUAGCCAGGGUCCCAAUGGUACACCUGCCAGUAUCUUCGCCCGAGUCAUGGGACGAUCCGCCCCCUCUCCAUCCUCAGGCUGGUACCCAUACUCUCCAGCCGAUGCACCCCCAGGCUGCAUAUGUCCCUCUGUUGUUCCCGGAGGGGGCUACCAGCUGAGCUCUGGCGGGCUGAUGGGACUCUGA